CUCCCCCUACUUUCUCUCCGUUUUGCGCCUUCUCUCUCUCUCUCUCUCUCUCUCUCCCUCUCGCUCUCUAGUCUGCGUGUCUCUCGUCUCCCUUCCUUGACAUCCUCCACCCUGCGCUCGUCCACCUGACCGCCGACGCCUUCUCCACGGACUCCCCAGGUCUUGAUCGAGGCUUGGCGAUCAUCUCGAGAGCCACCGGGAUAUUUCACCGCGAUCCGCUGCGGCCCUUGUUUCCCUCCGGACAUUUUCAGUUCAGUUGCGGCAGGCGCUUGGAAGACCGAUGGUGAGAGUCUAGCCGAAGCCACGGAUUUCUCUCUCCCGAGCAUGAGAGGGGCUGCCAACUCAUCCGCAACCCAGAAUCCGAGACCGACAGAGCAGCAUGAACCUGGGAUACGUAUGCUCCAACAGAAGUUUGCCGAGAAAAUAAACCGCCUCGGACCACAAAUACCUGCCACGGGGGAACAUCAGUUUUAGGUCUCCAGAGAAUGGAGCGAGAAUGAACAGCGAGCGGCUUGAGGAGAAGCAUGAACUGGAGGUUUAUUGAGGUCAUCUGUAUCCUGUUUAUAUGGGAACAUAUAACAGUUGAGUCCUUCCGGCCGGACCCGUCCGCUACCGAGCAGCAUGUCACCAAGCAGUUCGACUGGCUCAUCUCCGACCGGGGGCCCUUCCACCAUUCGCGGAGCUACCUCAACUUUGUGGAGAGAUACACACAUGGAUUCACCACCCGGUAUAAAAUGUAUAGGGAGUUUGCGCGUUGGAAGGUGAGGAACACUGCCAUUGAGAGGAGGGAUCUGAUCCGUAACCCCCUGCCUCUCAUGCCCGAGUUCCAGCGGAGCGUGCGGCUGCUCGGCCGACGGCCGUCCACCCAGCAGUUCAUCGACACCAUCAUCAAGAAGUACGGCACCCACAUCCUCAUCUCUGCCACGCUGGGAGGUGAGGAGGCUCUGACAAUGUACAUGGCGAAGAACAAGCUGGACAGGAAGAUGGUGAACGGCACGCAGAGUGUGGAGGCGCUGCACCAGUUGGCCUCCUCCUACUUCAUCGACCGCGACGGCACCAUGAGGAAGCUCCACGAGAUCCAGAUCUCCACCAACGCCAUCAAGGUGACUGAGACCCGCACUGGACCGCUGGGCUGCAACACCUACGAUAACCUGGACUCCGUCAGCUCCAUCCUCCUGCAGAGCCCUGAGAACAAGCUCCACCUGCAAGGUCUCCAGGUGAUCUUCCCCGAGUACCUGCAGGAGAAGUUUGUGCAGUCGGCGCUGAGCUACAUCAUGUGUAACGGGGAGGGAGAGUACAUGUGCCGCAACAGCCAGUGCAUCUGCAAGUGUGCCGAGGAGUACCCACAAUGCAACUGCCCCGUCACUGACCUGCAGAUCAUGGAGAACACACUGCAAGGCAUGGUGGAGACCUGGGCCGCCUCCUACAAGGACUUUGAGAACUCAGAUGAGUUUAAGUCUUUCCUGAAGAGGUUGCCAUCCACCCACUUCCUGCCGGUCAGCAGCGUCCAUCUGCUGUGGGGGAACGACUGGGACCUGCAGGCCCGCUACCGGCUACUGCAGAGCUCUCUGGAGGCCCAGAGGCAGAAGAUCCAGCGCACCGCCCGCAAGCUCUUUGGCCUUAGCAUCCGCUGCCACCACAACCCCAACCACCAGAUGCCUAGAGAGAGGUGGGUCUCAAUAUCUGUGUUGCAGUGGUUGAACCGAGUGCAGUCCUACCUGUACUGCAACGAGAACGGCUUCUGGGGCACCUUCCUGGAGAGCCAGCGGACCUGUGUGUGCCACACAGGCGUGACGCUGUGCCAGCGGCCCAUCCCCUGCGUCAUCGGCGGCAACAACAGCUGCGCCAUGUGCAGCCUGGCCAACAUCUCGCAGUGCGGCUCCUGCAACAAGGGCUACAAGCUCUACCGCGGCCGCUGCGAGCCCCAGAACGUCGACUCGGAGCGCAGCGAGCAGUUCAUCAGCUUCGAGACGGACCUGGACUUCCAGGACCUGGAGCUGAAGUACCUGCUGCAGAAGAUGGACUCCCGCCUCUACAUCCACACCACCUUCAUCAGCAACGAGAUCCGCCUGGAGACCUUCUUCGACCCACGGUGGCGCAAACGCAUGUCCCUCACGCUGAAGAGCAACAAGAACCGCAUGGACUACCUCCACAUGAUCAUCGGACUCUCCAUGAAGAUCUGCCAGAUGCGCAACAGCAGCAUCGACCCCAUGUUCUUUGUUUACAUCAACCCGUUCAGCGGCAGCCACUCGGAGGGGUGGAGCAUGCCCUUCGGCGAGCACGGCUACCCGCGCUGGGAGAAGGUGCGCCUGGGCAACUCUCAGUGCUUUAACUGGACGCUGCUCCUGGGCAACCGCUGGAAGACCUUCUUCGAGACGGUGCACAUCUACCUGCGCAGCCGCGCCAAGGUGCCCACCAUGCUCCGCAACGACACGGGCCAGGGCCCGGUGGACCUGUCCGACCCCAACAAGAGGCAGAUCUACAUCAAAAUCUCUGACAUCCAGGUGUUCGGCUACAGCCUGCGCUUCAACGCAGACCUCCUGCGCAGCGCAGUGCAGCAGGUCAACCAGUCGUACACGCAGGGCACGCAGUUCUACUCGUCCUCCUCCAUCAUGCUUCUGCUGCUGGACAUCCGGGAACGCAUCAACCGGCUCGCCCCUCCGGUGGCGCCAGGGAAACCCCAGUUGGAUCUCUUCUCCUGUAUGCUCAAACACCGCCUCAAGCUCAACAACAGCGAGAUGAUCCGGGUCAACCAUGCCUUGGACAUGUACAACACCGAGAUACUCAAACAGUCAGAUCACCUGACCACCAAACUCUGCUGAAGGGGAAAGGGAAGCUCUGCGAGUCAGAACACAGUAUUUACAGACCAAACUGUUUGGGAAAGUAGAAAGAGAAUUUGCUUUUGUUUUUUUCUCCUUUGGUUUUCGGUUUGGACUUUUUUUUUGUUCAGCUUUUUGAUGUACUAUUAACAACUUUGUAAGUGUAAUUGUUAAACAGAAAUUAAGAAAGAGAGUUGAAGUCUUUUAGUUCACUAAAGAAGAUGAUGAAGAAAAAAAAAAGAAAAAAAAAACAUGACUGUACCAUAUUUGUCCAAGCAUGUCUGUCAUUUCCUAAAGGAGUAUUACAUGAAAAAAAAAAUAUUAAAGUCGACAUCCAGUGACAAAGAGGCCUUCACUUUACUCUGAGGGAGCUAAGGCACAUCUGAAAACUGCCAUUCUUUUCUGAGUAACUCAGUUUUAAAAGGAAUAUUUAACGAGCGCAACACAAGGGCAGAGCAUACAUCACUCUUUUGGGUUGAGCUUGAGGCAAGCAGAGAGCUAGAAGGACAUUUUAAGACAAGUUGUACAUCUCAGAGGUGGACAGGUCAGUCAGGAAUGAAGCUUCAGUUGCAUCGCCUUCUCACAUUGCAAAAUGCUCCGCCCCUCUUGUAGUGUUGCUGGAGUUUUCUCGAGUCCAGCAAUCCACAGAGGGGCGAUGAGUCAUUUAGCCGGUCGAUAGUCAGCUGUUUAUAUCUGUGGAUAUCUGUUCUUUUCUUUGGUUCCUCCUCUGGCCUAACGCUUCUUGCUGUCUGUUAACUGGAUGUGUCAUUGAAGAGUGAAUGCUUUCAUCGUAAGCGGGGAGCCUGUCUGUCUGUCUGAUUCUCCCUUCUGACCUUUGAACUUCAGCCAGUGUGUUUUUUUUUUUUGAGGUGGUGGGGUGUCUCUGGUGCCUGGGCGCAAUGUUGUGGUCUAAAGAUGAACAAUCAAAUGCUAUUUCGUACAGCUUUGCAAAAACGUACACCUUUGUGACUGCUGAUGUUUCAAGCUUGCUGGGUACCAAUAGCAAAUCUGAAUAUCCAUCGUUCACUAGCAUCUGCAAGAUUAAAAAAAAUAAAUAAAACAUAAGCCAUACAUUUCCUAGAGGUAUAUGAAUUAAAAAAAGAGAGAGAAAUAAAACGCUUGUACACAUUUUUCGCUGUGGAAAAAGCCCUAUACAUGUUUAUUACUUUUUUUGCUUUUGCUCUGUCUGUUUGAUGGGGCUUGGGGGUGGGGGUUCUAUAAUGGGGAAUUACAAAGUAUAUGGGAUUCAUGGGAUUGACACAUGCCAUUGUAAAGCCACUGACUAGAGUAAGACCAUUGAGAACAACCGUAUUAAAUCUUUAUGUUUUUAUGUUUUGUUUUUUGAGAAUAACAGUAUUAAAGCUUUAUGGUUUUUUUUUUUUUUUUUUUUUUUAAAUUUAUUAACCACUCAAUCUCCUGUGUACUAUGCUCGUUGUUUGACUUUGUAUUGGAUCCAUUUCUGUUUCUUACACCCCAAGAAAUGCAGGAAAAAGACAUAAGGUUACAAUGUUUCUUUCAUUUCAGAGGUUAUGUAGAUCUCACUCAGCCACAAAACAGACUUAAACACUACCUGCUUAUUAUUAUUAUUAUUAUUAUUAUUAUUAUUAUUAUUAUUACCCUGUCAUAUUAAGUGCCUGGUACCUAUCCCUUUAACAGUUUUAGCAGAGGUCAGAGUCAUAUACUUACACUAACUCUUCACCUUGUCAUAAGAAAAUCCCAUGGGUUGUUUUUGAAGUUCCCUCCAAAUGUUGUCACUAAGAUGUUGUGUCUUUAUUUUGGUUGAAAUCUAGUUCCCAUUGAAAAAGCUAUGUCCAUCCCUGCUAUAGUGCAUGUACCAUACAAAAGUCCAACUUAGUUUCAGUGACAGACGACAG